AUAUGUUUAGUUCCGAAGAAUUGCGUUUGUGUGUGUCAUUGUUUGUUGGUGUGAGUGAAUACAGAAUUCACUCAUACUGAGACUCUACGCUACGUUACCACUUGCCCUACAACUCUUGCCCAAUUGGUCUGCGGAAGAACACUUUGAUACCUUAUUACCCCUGUUGUAAAUGGCAUCUGUGGAUCUUUGUUCUCUUUCUUUGUACAGUUGUCAGCAAGGUAAUGGAGAAACAGCACUGCGUCUGUAACCGAGAUCUGACAGUGUCACCGUUCUACUCUGGUCUCCAAAACCCACUAGUGGGAAUAGCCCCGUCCUCACUGGUCACCCCCUCCGACAUCACUCUACCCAUCAACCCCACCCUGUACGAUUACAUCAUAAGCAACGAAGUGUGUAAGAAGGAGAUGAUGACUGAACUGUGCAAGCUACACAGCAACGUCGCCUUUGACGAUAGCACAGAGACAAGUCUCAUACUGAGUUUUGAUGCUGUGCCAAAGACACUGCUUGCCCUGAAACUGGGGUCCAAGUGGGAGGCCGAAGCCAAGAAGGCAGCCCAGGUCCUUUUGGAGAAGUACAUAGUGAGCGAACUGCCCGUGGAGCCAAAUGUCUGGAAUCGGAUCGAGGAUGAUGCGGUGAAGCUGAGCUCCCUGAACGCCACCGUGCGCUAUAGGAAGGAGGCUGGCGAGGUGGUGGUUGUGGGUCUUCAGGGGGAUGUCGAGGGUUGCGCAGAAGAGAUCGUGAAGAUGGCAGAGACCGCUCACAAUCAGCUGGAGGUGGAAAGGAACACUAUCGAGAGGGAGGUCAAAGUGCACUCCAGGGAAGAGCUGGACUUCAUAUGGGAACGUUGGCACACUAAGAUCACCGAUGUGAACUUCUCCAGGGAUGAAAUUGAAUUGGCUUUUUUACUCCAGGGAUUGAAGGAGCAGGUGACGAAGGCAGAAGAGGUCCUGACAAAUGUUAAGCAAAAUGUGGUCAACCAGUCUCUUCAACUCGAACCAGCCCUUUUAGAGUUCAUUAUCAAAGUUGGUCCAAAGAAAUUAGGAAAAGACCUAGCUCAAAGCAACAUAUUUGUGUCCUUGCACAGUCUAGAGGAGACGGUUCAGAUCAUUGCAGAUCAGGGGAAUGUGAAGACGGCCGAAGACAAGCUUGGUGAGAUACUCAAAGAGGAAAAGAUCCCUCUCAAUCUGGAGCAGAGCAUGGUCACCCAUGGUGAGGACUGGAAAGACUUCUAUGAGAGCCUGAAGAACGAGGUCAAAUCCAGCAACAACGUACUCAAUCUCGAAGUUACAGAAGCUGAGAUCCAGGUCUGUGGCUAUUCGGCCGUGGUGGUAGAUGUGUCAAGGAAGUUGAAGGGUUAUCUGGAACACAACAAGCCAGCAAUGGAAAAAGUAGCAUUGACGUCAGUGAGAGAAGUAGAAUUUGUCGACUCCUGCAUGAACCUCUCCACAGCUCCAGAGCUGGAGAGUCUUUACGUUACCAUAUUGCCCAACUUGACUCCAGCCUCACCAAGUCUGAAGAUCACCGCACCAUGCAGUUCCAUCAAAGACGCCGUGACUGUGGUGGAGAACAAAGUGAAAGCAAUUGUGAAAGACACUUUCCGUUACCCCGAGGCUGGACAGUUGAAAGUCCUGGAGAAACACAAGCACAGCCUCCAAACGAAAGCCAAAGACAUGGGCUGCAAACUCUACUUUGAUAAGAAAGCAGCCGACAUCCCCAUUGCUGCUCCUGCUACCAACCCUGCCCCUGCUCCCCCUGCAGCUGCUCCUGCUGCUGCUACUCAUCAAUCUGCUAGGCCAGGAGGAGGACUGUCUGCAACUUCAAUUUCAGGGUCAAAUUCAAGUUCAGAAAAAGUCAUCAUCAGUGGUGUGCCAGUCUGCUUGAAGAAGGGGGACAUAACUACAGAGGCCGUUGAUGUCAUCGUGAAUUCCUCCAAUAACUCUCUGGAUCUUGACACUGGUGUGUCUGGGGCCAUUCUCAAAGCUGCAGGGAAGGCGGUGCAAGAUGAAUGCAAAGCUCUCGGUACUCAACCGUCUGCUGCUGUGGUCCUCACCUCUGGUGGAAAUCUCUCCUGUAAGCACAUUGCUCACACGACCGGGUUUAACACAGCUGCUGACAUUACAUCCUCCAUUGAGAAGGUUCUAGCGCUCUGUGAGAGAGAGACAGCUUCUUCCUUGUCGGUUCCUGCCAUCGGAACAGGCCGAGCUGGUCUUGGAAAUAAGUGGGCGCUGAGUACUAUUCUGAAAGGCGUGGAGAACCAUCUCUCAAGUACCACCUCAACCAGCAUCAAGGCCAUCAACCUUGUUGUUUUUGAACAGAACAUCUUUGACGCCUUCUCAGACUACUUCAAAGAGAAAAACAAAAAGCUUUCUACAACUAAACACGGCCACCGUGGAACCCUUCCUGCAAAUCAAGUGAUAAUCAGUGGCGUGAGGAUUCAAGUGAAGAAAGGAGACAUUACCACAGAGUCUGUGAAAGCCAUCGUGAACACCACCAACAGUAGCAUGGACUUCAAAAAAGGAGUUUCUGGAGCCAUUUUCAAGGCUGCCGGCCCAUCGGUAGAGCAGGAGUGCCAGAACCAUGGCGGUCUCCAGGGACACGAUGCUGCGGUGACCAGCGCUGGCAACCUGCAGUGUGACUUCAUCAUCCACAUGACGGGCCCACAGUCGUCAGCCGACGCCACUGCACGCGUGCAGAAGGUCCUGGAGGGGUGCGAGGAGAAAGGCAUCACCACCGUCUCCUUCCCAGCCGUCGGCACGGGUGGAGGGGGUGUGCAAGGUCAGGACGCCGUGGCUGCCAUGCUGCAGGGCAUGGAGGACCACUUGUCCCAGCGCCCCUCAACAGCCCUCAAGCUCAUCUACAUCGUCAUCGACCGUGACAACAUCCUCCAGGCAUUUCUACAAGGACUCCAGCAAUGGACAGCCAACAAGCAGGGAAGUAACGAUGACAGCAGCAGUGACGAUGAUUCAUCAGAUGACAGCCAAAAUGACAAAACCGGUGAAACGAUAAUUGGGCAAAUUAAAGUCAAAGUGUUCUGUGGUGACCUCACAAAAGAAACGACAGACGCCAUCGUCAAUAGCACCACCACAAGUCUGGACUUGAACUCAGGUGUCUCAGGGGCCAUUUUGAACGCUGCUGGACAGACUGUGGUUGAGGAGUGCAGAUCAAAAGGCACUCAGCCCAGCGAUGGUGUCGUCCUAACCAAGGCUGGUAACCUGACAACCAAACACGUUGUGCACAUGGUUGGUCAAACCAACGAGAAAAGCAUCACAAGCUCAGUGUACAAGGUCCUACAGCUGUGUCAAGCGAGUAAUAUCAAAUCUGUUGCCUUUCCUGCACUUGGGACAGGUGCUGCAAGCCUAGGAGCCGCGCAGGUAGCACAGGCCAUGGUUGAAGCCAUUUCUAACUUCGCCGUGGACCGUCCAAAAGCUGUGAUGUUGGUUCACAUCGUCAUAUUCCAAGCCAAGAUGUUGCCCGACUUUGAGGGGUCUCUGAAGAAGUUUAAGAAAGUGAAACCCACAGCAGCAGCACCAGCAGUGGCAGCACCAGCGGCAGCGGCUGUACCAGCCAGUGUGCCAGCCAGUGUGCCAUUCCCCAUCAUGUCUGUCGAGGUUUACAGUACCUCCGCCAAUGACCUGCAGCAGGUCGAGAAGAUGCUGAAUGACCUGCUGUCUGAGGAGUGCUACACUCAGGAGGUGACCUCCAAACACCUGGCCCUGUUCUCAGAACAGGACAUGAAGGCCAUGGUGGCACUUGGUCAGACGAAGGAGGUGCAGAUCCUCCAGAGUGGCCAUGAUAAGCUCACCGUCUCGGGCAAGAAGGAUGACGUACUGACCACCGCGGUGGACAUCCAGGAACUUCUCCUUCAGGUGCAAGAGAGGGCGACCCGAGAGAGGGAGGAGAAGAGGGCCUACGAGACUGUGCAGUGGGAGGUGGCUGACGACGAGGUUUGGAAACCCUUAUCUCCCAUUGACAGCUACGACAUCGAGCUGGCGCACCACCGGAAGGAGAAGGAGGUGGUUUUGAAGGGCCAAAAAGACACCUACACGGUGGACCUGGUGAAGAAGACCUGCACAGACAGCAAGGGGACCACGCGUCGCAUAAAGCGAAGCCUACUUGGGGACUCAGACACAGCUGUUGUUCAGUAUCCAGCUACCUGGACCCCCAUGGGAGGGAAAACCGAUGACAUUGUCACACUGUCAUCCACUUAUGAUGAGUACAAGAAAAUUGAAAAAGAGUUCCUCACAAGCAGUAUUGAGAGGAUUCAGAGUCAGACCCAGUGGCAAAGAUACGAAGUCUUGAAGCAAGCAAUUAACAAGAAGCACCCUGCUCAGAAAGACAAAAACGAGCGCUGGCUUUACCACGGAACCACAAAGGACAUAGCUCAGAAAAUCAACACAUACGGCUUCAACAGGAGCUUCUGUGGAAGAAAUGGGACGUAUUUCGCUAAAGACGCUUGGUACUCCUGUUGUGACACCUACUCUAACCCUGAUGACCAAGGCCUGAAGUACAUGUAUAGAGCCAGAGUGCUGACCGGCUCACCUUGCAAGUCCAAGGGCAACAUGAAGGAACCAGACCCACUGGACCCCAGCAACCCACAAGCUGGCCUGCACGACUGCGCCGUGGACAACCUACAGAAUCCCUUAAUCUUCGUGGUGUUCUGUGAUGCAGGAGCUUACCCAGACUACCUCAUCAAGUUUAAGAAGGCAUGA